ACAGGGACGAGUCACUGCUUCAAGCUCUUCUGUGUAAAUGUAGGAGCUCAGGAGCGUGUCACCAUCAUCAUCCCCAUCAUCAUCACCAUGGGACGGUGGAGAGGAGCUGGAACUCUGUGCAGGAGAGAUGCUGCGAGCUCUGAGCCUGACUCUGACUGAGUACCAGCACCGCUGCACAACCCCACCGAGCUGAGCUGGCUGUGUUCCAAUCCAAUCUCCUGCUAAAUCGGUUUGUGCAUGAAGGGAACCGGAAAGAAACACCCAUCUGCAUCCUGCUGAGGAGUCCGAGUCUGACUGAGCACCUUAACUACCAGCUGCUCCUGGGACCAAGACGAGAGGAGAGGAGGAGAGGAGAGAGGAGAGGAGGAGAAGAGUUGGACAUCAGAGGACCCCGUGUGGAGUGAAGUGAAGUGAAGUGAAGAGUGAGGUGGAGUUUCCUGAUCUUCUUCUCUUCCUCUUCAUUGAAAACACCAUGCUGGACUAGUGCUGGAUGAGAAUACACUUUUCACCAUGAGCACCAACGGCCCCUACCAGCACCCCAGCUACAGUGGAGGAAGUGGAGGCCAUGGUCAAGACUCCAUCUCCUGCUUUCGAUGUGGUGGCGUAUGCAAAGGAGAAGUGGUGCGCGUGCAGAACGUCCACUUUCAUGUCAAGUGUUUCACCUGCCAGGUGUGCGGCUGUGACCUGGCCUGUUCCGGAUUCUUCCAGCAGGCCGGUGAGUACAUCUGCACCGAGGACUACCAGCGGCUUUACGGCACUAAAUGUGACAGCUGCGGGGAAUUUAUCACCGGAGAGGUGGUGUCAGCUCUGAGUCGGGCAUACCACCCAAAGUGCUUCGUCUGCACCAUCUGCAGGAAGCCGUUCCCCAUAGGAGACAGGGUGACCUUCUGUGGGAAGAAGUGUGUGUGUCAGCAGUGCUCACACACACUGGUCAGCAGCAAUGAGCCUGUCAAGAUCCACGGGCCGAGUCAUUGUGCAGGCUGUAAGGAGGAGAUAACUCACGGUCAGUCUCUGUUAGCUCUGGAGAAACAGUGGCACGUCAGUUGCUUUAAGUGUCGAACCUGUGGCAUCGUCCUGACUGGAGAAUACAUCAGCAAAAAUGGUGUUCCAUACUGCGAGUCUGAUUACCACAAGCAGUUCGGCAUCAGGUGCGAGACGUGCAACAGAUACAUCAGCGGAAAAGUGCUGGAGGCUGGUGGAAAGCAUUAUCACCCGACUUGUGCUCGCUGUGCACGCUGUCAGAUGACGUUCACUGAAGGAGAAGAGAUGUACCUGGCAGGUUCAGAGGUGUGGCAUCUGAUGUGUAAGCAGGCUGCGAGGACGGAGAGGAAGCUCAGGCUAAGACGCACCUCAGAGACCUCCAUCUCCCCUCCUGGCUCCAGUAUAGGUUCUCCCAGCCGGGUCGUUUGUGAUAUCUAUGACACUUUGGACCUCAGGCAUCGGCGUUCUUCCAGUCCAGGCUACAUCGACUCACCGACUUACAGCCGUCAAGGAAUGGGAACAUCACCCGCUGUGCCACGCUCUCCUCAGCUCUACUACCGUUAUGAUGACAACGAAUACGAAGCCACGAAGAUGAAACCCAACGAAGAUAUCCUGUCUUCUUCGUUUUCAUCUCCGGACCACUACCAGCACUACUACCACUACACCGGGUCACCUAAAGUUCCUCGAGCUCGCAGAUUCUCCUCAGGAGGAGAGGAAGAUGGCUGGAAUCAGAGCAUUAAUAGAAUCCAGGCUGGGAUCGGCAGGAUGAUACUGAAGGAAGAGAUGAAGGCCCGGUCUGGUUCCUAUGACAAUGACCCUUGGGCCAGCGCACGCAACUCUCGCAGUGGGAGCAAAGAAACCCUGUCCGGGCUGGGCUUCAGUAACACUGUGAACGGCUCUCCCAGAUCACAGUACAGCACAGACAGUGAUCCGUUCAUCUCAAAAUCAGCUUCGUUACCAGGUUAUGGCCGGAACAGUAUAAACAGAGUAAGUGGACGUCCUGUAACUGAUUUGAUGCGACCCAAAACCUUCAUCCAUUCAUCUUCAGUUAGCAUAUUUUCCUGGUCAGGGUCACGGUGGAUGAUCUGGAGUCUAUCCCAGGAACACUGGGUUUGAGGCAGGAAUACAUCCUGGAUGAGAUACACACAUAUUAGCAUCGCCAAUCCAAUAAACCAAUAGGAGGAAACCGAAGAACCCUGAAGGAACCCAUACAGGCACAAAGAGAACAUGCGAUGUGCUGAAACUCCACACAGACCAUGAGCUCAGAAUCGAAUCAGCAAUCCUGGAGCAGCGAAGCGACAAUGCUACACCAUGCCACUCAAACAGAAAUCUUAAAGACAUUUAAAAUGUUCUCUGUAUUAAAUAAUUAAAUGAUUUUUUUAUUUGGAAAUGCACACAACUGAACAAGGCACACACACUCCCCGGCCACUUUAAUAGGAACUUGUUGUUGGUUCUAAGAUCCCUGUUCUUGGCUGCAGGAGUGGAACCCAGUGUGUUCUUCUGUUCUGCUGUUGCAUGCUGAGAUGCUUUUCUGCUCACCACGGUUGUAAAGAGUGAUUAUAUGAGUUACUAUAUCCUUCCUGGCAAAAAAAGCUCGAACCAUUCUGUCCAUUUUCAAGCUCGAACCAAUCUGUCCAUUUUCCUCUGACCCUCUCUUAUCAACAAAGCGUUUGGUUUGUUUCCACCCACAGAACUGUCACUCACUCACUCAAUGUUUUUUGUUUUUCGCACCAUUCUGUGUAAACUCUACAGACUGUUGUGUGUGAAAACCCCAGGAAGGAGAUCAGCAGUUUCUGAAAUACUCAAACCAGCAGUCCAUCUGGCUCAAACCAACACCCAUACCACAGUGAAAGAAAGAAAGUCACACUUCACUGUGAGAUCACAAUCUUUCCCAUUCUGAUGUUUGAACAUUGUGAACAUUAACUGAAGCUCUUGAUUUGUAUCUGCGUGAUUUGAUGCAUCGUGCUGCUGUCGACGGAUCGGCUGAUUAGAGAACAGCAGAGAACAGAACAGCAGGUGGAUGUAGGGGUGUUCCUAAUAAAGUGGCUGGUGAGUGUAUGUACCAUUUACGCUCAUCAAGAAAUCGCGUUGCUGGGACACCCCCCAGGAUCUUAUAUUUUAUGAUGUGGUAAACCUCAACUGUUCAGUUCUGAGACUUUUUUUUCUUGGAGUUUUCAAUCUUUUAAAAUCCUACUAAAACGAUGAAGUUGACAUUAACAAUCUGUUCGCACUC